AUGACGAGUACCGAUAUGCAAUCCAAAAUAGAUACAUUACGAGAAUUAUUUCCAGAUUGGUCAGAAUCUGAUUUAACUGAAUUAGUUCAAGAAUAUAAAGAUUUAGAGACAAUUAUUGAUAAAAUUACAUCAGGUGUUGCAACGAGGUGGGAUGAAGUUAAAAGACCAAGCCGUAAAGAAAGAAAAGAACAUGCAGCUCAAUUACAAAAGACUCAACAAGCUCAAUUAUUAAGUCACGUUUAUGAAGAACCUGAUGCUUCAAUAAAUAAUAACACAAAUAUAAAAAAUAGUAGGCAACGCAAUAGUAGUAAUAGUUAUCAAUCUACAAAGAAUAAAAAGACUACAAGAACAGCACCAGCCGCAACAGCAACAGCAACAACAACAACAACAACAACAAGUAAUAGCAACACUGCAACAGCACCUUCUAAUGUACAUACAAAAUCUGUUUCUCAUACUUCUUCAUGGGCAACUGUUAUCUCUACAGAUAAGAAGAAAGCUGAUGAAAUUGAAACAGAAAUUGAACAACAACCUGCAGCUCCAAUAAGUACUGCUACAAUUGCAAGUUCUGGGAAAAAAAUGAGUUGGGCCUCUGUAGCAACUCCAAAACAAAAAAUUGAACCAAAAAAAUCUCCUCUUGAAAAUGUUGAUUCAUUAAAGACUGAAAUUGAUAAUAUUACAUCCGAAGAAGAACAACCUUCUGAAGUAGUAGAACAAGAAGAAAAAACCUCCGAAGAAGAAGAAAGCUCUUCAGAAGAAGAAAGUUCCGCAUCAGAAGAAGAAAAUGCCCAAGAAGAAGAACAAGUAUCAGAAAAGACUCCAGUUGCUGUAAAAUCAUCAUCUCCACAACAAAAGAAGAAGAAAGAAAAGGCUCCUGUCUCUGCUCCUGCCGCUACAGCUACUCAAUCUGCUCCUGUAUCUGCUUCAGAAUCAAAACCUUCUACUCAACCAAACGUUGCCCCUCAAGGUCAAGAUGCUUAUGGUCAAUAUGGUUCCGCCCAACAACAACAGCAACAACAACAACAACAAGCUGCUGCAAUGGCACAACAAUAUUACAUGUAUCAAUCUCAAUUCCCAGGAUUUUCUUAUCCAGGCAUGUAUGAUAACCAAUAUGGUUACGCUCAACAACAAUACGCUCAAUACCAACAGUAUCCACAGUAUGCUCAAGGUCAGGUUGCUGGUGCAAAUGCCAAUGCUGCCUAUGGCAAUGCUAACGCUCAACAACAACAAGCAGGUUAUGAACAAUAUGCUAAUCAAGGUAAUACAGAAGCUGUUCAAGGUGAAACUUCUCAACAACAACAGCAACCACAACAACAACCACAACAACAAGCUUACGGACAACAAGCUUAUAUGCCAUACUAUGGUAAUUAUGGUUAUCAACAAUCCUUCCCAUAUGGCCAACAACAACAAUAUAGUAAUGCUAACAAUGGAUACGCUCAACAACAACAACCACAACCACAAAAACAAGAUGGUACUUCUCAACAAAGAGAUUCUACCUCUAGCCAACAAAGUGAAGAAGUUGCUGAUUUGCAAAACCAAGAAGGUGCUACUCAAGCUAACUUGACUCAGCAACAACAAUUACAAUAUCAACAAUAUUAUCAGUUGCAACAACAACAAUUGCAACAACAGCAGCAACAACAACAACAGCAACAACAACAACCACAAUCUAAGCAAGAUGGUUAUGGUCAACAAGAUGGUGCUGCUUACGGCUACUCCAAUUACGAUUAUCAACAAGCUUCCUCUAGGGGCUAUUACUAA